AUGAUCCAAGAGAACUACAAGGAAGGUAGUGAAAAAUACAACAGUAAAUAUAGAGAAUAUAAUUAUUACAGGAGUUAUAUAAGCGAUAUAAAAGGCAAGUAUAUGGGUUUUCGAAAUAUGCAAAAGGAUAGCCUCAACGGCAAGCAUUUUAAUGACCUUCGAAGAAACAACAAUUACUGCUACCGCAAUCGGGAGGGGAACCUGCAAAACAGCACGUACAGAAAUUCUUACAGGAAUUCAUAUAAAAAUGUGCACAAAAAUUCGUACCAAAAUUUGUAUCAAAAUUCGUAUCAGAAUUCCUGCCAAAAUUCGUACCAGAAUUCCUACCAAAAUUCGAACCAAAAUUCUUACCAAAAUUCUUACCAAAAUUCGUACCAUACCGGGUACGACGACUCGCAUAACCACUUGUACAAUGGAGGCUUCGGCAAUGCCUACAGCAACGAAUACAAGAAUGCGUACCACAACCGCAUUAGGAACGGCUUCAAGCUCCUGAAGGGGAAAAGAAUAAGGAGCUUCAACACUACGAGCAACUCCAGUCGGAAAGGAAAGCUCUUUAAGAAAUUUAAAAACUAUGACGUGGACGAAAAUAUGAUCAGAACGUAUAAAAAUGCGAGGAAACGGAGAUACUCGUCCAUGAGGGAGAUAAAUGACAAAGAACAAAGACACCAUAAGGUGUAUCUAGAAUCCAAGUACCAGCACGAAGAGCAUCAAAAUAAUUAUCUAAAAGGAUUUAAGUAUACCAGAAAAAGAAACUACUAUUCGUACAAAAAGAAUUUGUACAAUAGUGAUAAGAGAAACUACGACACCCACUUUGGACAGGGGAACAUCUUUUACAAUAAUGAAUAUUACCUAUUUAACGACGGCACUACGUUGAAGAAGAAGAAAAUGUAUUAUGGCAAUAAAAAUGGCUUUAGAACAGAUUCGAGAAGCUAUAAUGGACACACGGACAGGAUGAAUAAUAAAAAGAAAAAUUCCAACCGAAAUGGAAAGUGUAAAGCGACCGCUAUGCAUCCGAAGGAGACAGGGAGUUCGGGGGGGGGACCAAGUACAACCAGUCCAACGAGUGCAGCUACCGCGAUGAGAAUAUACACCUAUAAAGACAAGGAUGACAAAACGCAUAAAUCAUUCAAGUUAAAAAAUAGCGAUACGACGCGAGAUGAUGGCACAGGAAAAUGGAAUGUGAGGGAUGGAAUUAUGGAAAGUAGGAGGCAUCUCGCCGCGUGCAUUAAUAAGGAAAAAGGCUCACAGCAGUCCUUCCGUAAGUACACACGAGGGGUACGGAAAAGAAAACAGGCACCUAGCAGUUAUAGAGGUACGAGAAGUGGACGUAGGAGAAGGCGAAGGAGUAGGCGAAGAAGCAGACGAGGGAGCUUGCAACCAAGAAGGCGAAGAAGAGAUAGCAUCAUCAGCAAUGACGAAACAGGCACGAGUGCUUUGUCACGAAGAGGCAGCAUCUACUCCUCACUUGAAAAUAAAAAAGAACACCAUGCCGAUAUGUACAGUAGUGAGUCCCACAAGUAUACCCACUCGGACCAAUCAACGGAUGAUAUAUCGUCGAUAAAAAAAUACAAUCACAAAAGAAACCGAACAAAAAUCUCAGAUAUGGAAGAUAAUAACGAUAGGAAGAAGAAGAAAAAAAAAGAAAACGAAGACUCAGAUGACGAAAUUGUACAUUUUAAUUGGAAAAAGGGAAUGAUCCUAAACAAAUGUUACGUGGUGAUACGAAAAAUGGGUGAGGGAACCUUCGGGCGAGUUCUUCUCUGUCAGCACAUGGGCACAAAAAAGUAUUACGCGGUGAAGGUAGUACGAAAUAUUAAGAGGUAUACCAAAUCUGCAAAGAUAGAAGCAGAUAUUUUGAAGAAAAUCCAAACUGAUGAUUUUAAAAAUAAUAAUAUUGUAAGAUAUCAUGGAAGGUUUAUGUACUAUGAUCACAUGUGUCUGGUUUUCGAACCCCUGGGGCCAUCUCUUUACGAAAUCAUCACCAAGAAUAACUACAACGGAUUUCAUUUGGAGGACAUCAAGCUCUACUGCAUUGAAAUGUUGAAGGCAUUAAAUUACCUCCGAAAAAUAGCUUUAACACACACCGAUUUGAAACCAGAAAAUAUUUUACUAGACGACCCAUAUUUUGAGAAAACCUUAGUGAGUGUUAGAAGAGCUACAGAUGGAAAGAGGGUUCAGAUUUAUAGAACCAAAUCUACGGGCAUCAAAUUAAUCGAUUUUGGUUGUGCCACUUUUAACGAUGGAUACCAUGGGUCUAUUAUCAACACAAGACAGUAUCGUGCUCCGGAAGUUAUCUUAAAUUUAGGAUGGGAUGUGUCAAGUGAUAUGUGGAGUUUUGGUUGUGUGUUGGCUGAAAUGUACACAGGGGAUCUUCUGUUUAGAACCCAUGAGCAUUUAGAACACUUAGCCCUGAUGGAAGCUAUCAUUGAGCCAAUCCCCAAAAAAAUGAUAUGCGGGGCGCUUAGAACAAAUGGGGCAAAAUUUAUAAAUAGGGAUGGUCUUAGAUUGGCCUGGCCAGAAAAUGCUUCUAGUUUUGAGUCAAUUAAAUACGUAAGGAGGUGCCUGCCUCUGCACAAAAUUAUAAGGAAUGAUUUGUUUUGCGACUUCUUGUAUAGCGUCUUGCAUAUCGACCCCGCGCUGAGGUCGACUCCCGCCCAGCUCCUGAGGCAUAGAUUUCUGCACCAGAGUUAUGCAUACUUCUAG